ACACGGGUGUUGCAAUAAAGAAUAAUCCGAGAAUCUUUAAUUCAAUUCUAAAACUCUCACUUGCUUUCUUGUAAACAUGAGAAAUUUCUUUUUCCUUUUCCACUUCGUUUUUCUUCUCUAAUGCAGCAAAAUAAAUUCGCGUGUCUCGCGCCUCGGUGGAAUGGAACAUAUAAAUAAUUUGAGUGUCUCACAGAACAUUUCUGCUUGUCGCCAUGAAAUCAUCUCUGUGCGAGGAUAAAGAGGAAAUCUUCUACAUUUCCUCACUUGUUGUUCUUAUUGUGGGUGGUGCAUUGAAUAUUGCUGUGCUUCUGGGUAUUGUGAGGCGUAUUAAAGUGUCUGGAGUUUUUUGCUUCAUAUUGCAAAUUAUGCUGUGUGAUAUGAUUUCUCUGUGGAUCUUUCCGCUCAAACAAUGGAUUUUGGCGGAUUUCUGUGCACUAACCAUUGGUGUGGAGAUUCUCCUAGGUACUGCUGUAACGUACCUAGUUAUAGCAGUGAAUUUUCACGCAGUCUCCCUGCACAAUCUAGCAGUUUGUCAGCAGCGAAGGCACGAGAACCUAGCAGCGGUUCGUGCGCAAGAUGAGUGCAAUAACGAGGAAAGCGCGGGAAAUGAGACGAAAGAGCGAAGAACCCUCACAAUUGACUACAAUCGCAUGAAAAGGAGCAUUUCGGCUAUUCUACCCACCGCAUCAAUCUGGCUACUGGCCACAUCAAUAGCCCUACCACAUGUCGUAUCACUUCACACCUCAGAGAGCACGAGUAAUUCAUGCUGCUCCCUCGGCGUACACAUUCCCCACCUCAAACCAAUGAUAUUUAUCGUGGUGAUUGUCCUCCAAAUAGCUCUUCCCACCCUCUUUGGCAUCUGUGGGAUUUUCUUCGUCAGCUCAAAACUCACAGCAUUCCAAUUAGACCUCACCGUGUGCAAAUUGGCGGAAAAUGUCAAGGAGAUUCUGAUUUUUUCCCUCAUUCUCACCACCACCUUCAUCCUUGUGAGCCUCCACAGCAACACCUUAAGAUUCCUCGGAAUUCUCCCCCAGUCCACCUACUCCAAACUCCUCUCCAUUGCCCAUUCAUUCAUGCCCGCCAUUAGACCCAUCAUCUACUUGACCACCUUGAAGCACUUAAGAAGAAGUAUCAUGAUGUUCUUCACUCCCUGAUCCACCCGCUUCACAGCUCAAGCAUCCACCCACACACACACCCCCCAAAGACAGUGAGAGAGAAAGAAAAGACUUCCAAGGAAGCAAUUUUGUGGCCCGUGUGUAUUUAAUUAGCAUUUAUUGUGACAAAGAUCUGGGCCUCUGUGACCUCGUGAAAAGCUAUAAAUUUAAUUUGAUAACCACCAAUGAAAUAAAUUGGUUCUACUAUUUCUUUUUAUUGAUUUCACAUUAGAACCGAAUGUUAAGAAAAAAAAACCAAAAAUGUACGUACAUAGUUCAUUUUUAAUUUAAAAUUAAAUUUUGUGACGAAAAGAUAGAGAAAAUAAUAAAAUUUCAAUGAAUAUUGAUAAAGAAACUUGGUCUAUAAGUGCACAAGUACUUGAGUUUAAAAGAAAAACUUAUCUGUAAAGCUGAUUAAAGGUCUAUCAUGUUAGUUUUAUCAAAUACUCGCUGCUUUGGAGUCACUAACUCUUUAAAUUGAAUUAAAUUUGAACGAAAAAACAAUGAGUCCGUAUAUUGUGUAUAAUGUCCUUUUACCAAAGUUCAAAAGUGUUUGAAUUUAAC